ACGCAACGUGGCCUAUGUAUGUAUGUUAUGUAUGUUUGUUUCCUGCGAUGUAUACAUCACUUGUCAAACUGGAGAUAAAGAAUAACUGAAUCAUGGACAGUGGUCAAUCAAAAGACACGGACGCGCAAUUUAUAUCCUUCCACGAUUUCCCAUCGAUAAGUCAUGCCGGCAACUCGGAGGGACAGCUGGGUACCGGGGCUUCCACUCACCAGCCCUUCAAUAACCUCCCAAAUGACUCGAUGGGUGUUGGCAUUAUAGAAGAUUUACAAGGAAUGCCCAAUAAAACCGAAGGUACUGCCCAACCCAACUUUUGGACAAUCGAGUAUUACCAAAAGUUCUUUAACGUUAAUACAAACGAUGUCUUGGAAAGGCUCAAACGAUCCAUGAUACCGCACGGUAGCGAUAAUUAUCUUAUAACGCACAUAAGGCCAAAUCCAGACCUGUACGGACCCUUCUGGAUAUGCGUGACUCUGGUGUUCUCCAUCGCGAUCAGCGAGAAUGUGGCCAACUAUUUGCAAACCGCUGGUUCUACCAAGUAUCACUGGAGAUACGACUUCCAUGUUGUGUCAUACGCGGCUACUUUUAUAUUUUUAUAUGCUUGGCUUCUACCGCUAGCCCUGUGGGGUGUGUUAAAGUGGACCAACAGUUCGAGGAACACCGAGGAGGAAUUGAUCGAGUCUUACGCCGUCCCAGGACUCUUAGAACUUUUGUGUCUGUAUGGAUAUUCCUUAAGCAUUUACGUUCCAGUAGCUUUCCUGUGGGUAAUUCAAAUUGGCUGGUUGCAAUGGAGUCUAGUCAUACUAGUGACAUUUUUAUCUGGAGGAGUUUUACUACGAUCAUUGUUACCGGUAAUCGCAGGGAGACAUAGAAUUAUAUAUGUUGCUGUAAUUCUGGGUAUGCAUCUGUUGUUGGCAGCUGGAUUCAUGCUAUAUUUCUUUCACGUGCCAUCUAAGAGCACAACCGUAUCAACCGUGACUGAAUUAAUAGCAUCCUCUACGGCCAAUGUGUUGCAUAAAGUAGCGCAAAAUAGUUCUGUCAUAGAGCCGACGGUGUCUUGAAACAUCCAGAUGCGGAUCUGAUAAAUAGAAUUAUCUUCAAUACUAUCGAGAAAAAUUCUUCUAUUCACGUGUGUAUGUCGGAUUUUAUUUCAAGUAUUGUCUCUGAUUUAUAUAUCAAUCAAAAUAUGUACUGCAUAUGGCGCUAAUCGUGUAGAAAUAAUAUUUAUACUAUAAACUGUAAACUAUGAUAAGGUAAGAAUAAAGAAUAACCCGAUCUUUAAAAAACAACAAAUUUUCUCUU